CGUUUAGCGGUAAUCAAUAGAAGACACCAGUGUCUAUCGAAGAAUAUCUUCUCUGCUCGAGGAAAAGAAUACUACUCAGAGACUGAAUGAAACAAAACCGGAACAAAACACCUCACUGAAUAUACCAGUAGGGCAGGGCGGAAUCCAAUCCAUCCAUCGAGCAGGCAACAAUAAACACCGGUGCACACACAGCAUAUCCAAGCAGUCGAUAGCGGCAUCGAACAGGGUAGAAAAGAAUACAUCACACCACAUCGCGAACCAUGUCCGGACAACGCGGCGGAUCGCGGCUGCGGCAGGCCUCGAUGAAGAAUUUCAAUCCCCGGCUGAUAUUUUCCCAGAUCGUGGCCCUGCAGUGCUUCCACUACUUGUCUCUGGGGCUGCUCGUUCAGAUCAAUCAUGUUUUGUACGGCCAAUCGGUGACGGUCGACCGGAUCUUCACCGACGAAUACCUAAAGGUGUGGCACGGUGGUUGGCAGGACGCCUUUGCCGUCUUUUUCUCCUAUGCGGUGGUCGGGUACGUUUUGUGUCGUUGCGAAUCAAGCGUGGAGGGGCUCCAUGAAACAUUUAUUUGUGACCCCGCCAUCGAGAAGGCUGAUUGUCUUUGAAGGUUUUGUGCCGUGCUACCUCUGGCCUUCACUAGUCAUGUUUUGUUCGUUUUGCAAGGGAAUAUAAUUCUUUGCUGGAUCGGUCGCUUUUGUACUGGAAAUCGCUCCGUCGCUGUUUCGCUUGUCUAACAUCGUUCUCUUCUUCUUGGAUCGUUGCAUUGGAAUCGUUCCACCCGUAUCUUGCUGUGCAACCAACGAAACAAAUCCCAUCUUAUCACAAAAACUCCACUUUGCGCACCUUGCACAGCUCCUUUCUGAUGGCAAUCAUUGUUGAAAAGUCAAAGAAAUGCCUGGAUUUUUCCUUCACGUUGUUUGUGGUCCAUCUCUUAAUUGUUUGUGCCUAUGAUGGUUUUCCUUCGACGUGGGACUGGUGGAUUGUCCACAUAUGUUCCAUGGUAACCAUGGUAGUACUGGGGGAAUAUUUGUGCGCCCGGCGUGAAAUGGAAGACAUUCCUCUCCUGCAACUGUAGCAGGGCUGCCAACCGUACCACCAACUCACACAGUUGCGAUGGUGGCCGGCGAACGAGAACUGUAGCACGACAAAACGCACACCG